CACGCAUCCUCCUCGCCGCGGCUUUUUUCACCCAUCAUUCAGCUCCGGGAUUGUGCUCGGGAUUGGGUCUUGUUUCUGUGGUGCGCGAAAAAUCCCUUCACCGGGAAGUGGCCAACCGUCCGUAGAGUGCCGGGAAACGUCGCAGCGGGAGUUGAAGUUCACUUGAAAGUGGAAAAAAAUUCAUCUUUUUCGUCGUGGGAACCACAAAAUGUCGAAGAAGAUGUCUCGCUACCCUCAUGAUGCCAAGGUUUACGUCGGGGAGCUGGGAAACAACGCUAGCAAGCAGGAAAUCGAGGAUGCCUUCUCGUAUUACGGGCCGCUGAGGAACGUUUGGGUGGCCCGCAACCCGCCGGGCUUCGCCUUCGUCGAGUUCGAGGACGCGCGCGACGCCGAGGAUUCCGUCCGGGGGUUGGACGGCCGGACGAUCUGUGGGCGCCGGGCGCGCGUCGAGCUGUCCACCGGCAAGGGUGGUCGGGGUCUGCGCGGCGGAGAUCGCGGUGGUGGUGACCGUGGCCGGGGAGGUCCCCCGAGCAGCAAGAGUGGCCGCUUCCACCCGGACGAUCGGUGCUACGAGUGCGGCGGCCGGGGCCAUUACGCGCGGGACUGCAGCCGCCAUGGGCGGGGAGGAGGUGGCGGAGGACGCGGACGUAAAAGAUCCCGCAGCCGCAGUCCUCGGUCGCGUUCACGCGAACUGCGCACCCGUUCGCGCAGCUACAGCCGUGGGGCUUCCCGUAGCCGCAGCCGGGACCGUGACACCCGUGACCGUCGCACCCGGUCCAAGACGCCGACGAAGCGCGACAGAGCCACGCCCCGCGAGCGUUCGGUCAGCCGUGGCCACACCAAGUCACCGCGGCGCUCCGUUUCGAAGACCCGUUCCCGCAGCCGGUCCAGAACGCCCCGCUCGGUGUCUCGAUCCAGGUCCAGAUCGCACCGUCGCAACGGAGACUCCCACCACGAUUAGAGGGGGUGGACCACACAGACAUACACACACAAACAUGCUAAUUAUGACCUAUUGACGCAACAACACAAAAUUGAACAUAAAUGACGCCCUAUUGGUUGUGAGGAGCAUUUCUCCUCGACGCUGAUUUGGCACGCAACCAAAAAAAAAGAAGAACAUACUAUGAAAUACUUAAUCCGUAGACUAAGACACAACUUCAGCAUGAUGCUUUUGAAAAGUUUUUAGUUUGACAUAAUACUGGGACGACGAGUCCAAA